AUUUAAUUAGCUUCUUUCUGUCUCCUAUAAAAUCUUCAACACAAAUUUAGACUUUUUAAUUUAUCCUAACAUAAGCAUUAUCUAUAUAUUUCACCACCUUUGAAACGUUGCAGCAAAGAAAUAAAGAAUAUUUCCAAGAACAACUCAAGUAUUAAUACAGAGAGAUGAAGAUGGUUUGGUCUCCUGAAAAAGCAUCUAAAGCUUAUCUCGAUACUGUCAAAUCAGUAAGUCCAUCAUUUCUAUUUUUGUUCGCCAAAUAUCUAUGAAGCGAAGAAGAGCCUUGGCGUAACGGUAAAAGUUCAAGCCGAGGAAACAGCUUCUUGCAAAAAUGCAAGUGCGAGUUACUUCAAGAAUCCAAUGUAGAAGAAUUAGUCUCAGCAAUGGCAGCGGGAUGGGAUGCACAAAUGAUCGUAGAGACAUGGUCACGACGUGGGGACGACGUUACGUCAACCAGUAUCGGCCUCUCUAUAGCCAGCAAAUACACAGGUGGCAAACAUAUUUGCAUAGUGCCCGACGAAGAUUCAAGAAUUGAGUACAUAUUAUCAAUGGAAAAAACCACCGGAAUGUCGCCGGAAGUUGUCGUUGGGGAGCCGGAGGAAGCAAUGGAGAAUUUAGUAGGAAUAGAUUUUUUGGUAGUAAAUUGUGAAAAAAAUGACUUUUCAAGAAUAUUGAAGGUGGCUAAGUUAAGCCAUAGGGGUGCAGUUUUGGUAUGUAAAAAUGUGAAUUCAAGAAUUGUUUCAGAUUUUAGAUGGAGAAGUGUACUUGACGGAAAAUCAAGAAUUGUACGAUCGGUUUUUUUGCCGGUCGGGAAGGGAUUGGAUAUUGCUCAUGUGGGGGAUGCCGGCUCCGGCACCGGCAAAGGGAAGCGUGGUACCGGCGGGAUGAUGGAGAAGAAAUGGAUUAGAAGGUUUGAUAGAGAAUCCGGUGAGGAGUUUGUGAUCCGAAAGUAAAAUGCUUUUGCUUUUGUUUCGGACAAAGAAGAGGAGUCUUGGAGAAACAUUGCAUUGUCUGCGGACCCCAAAUUGUUCUUGUUUUUUCUUGUCUUUCUUUUUCAUUUCUUUUAUUAUUGUUUUUACUUUUUGGGCAUUUUUGGGUGAUGUACAAAUAUCAUACAAAGUUGACAAUAGAUCUGUGGUUUACCAGUAUUGGUUUA